AUGACUGAUCCUAUUUUGGAGUCUUCUAGUCACACGGCUGCUGAAUAUUCUAUGGAUGAUUCAAACGCAUCCACAUACAGUGCUCCGCUUCCCACCACACUUGCUCCUACCUUGCCGGACUUUGUGGGCAGCGCUGUGUCUUCUGUGACUGGCACCCCCGCUGUCGCCAUGUCCCCCUAUACCCAGGCUGUUGCUGCGCCCAUCGUCAUGCGUGCUCUCAUUAUCACUAGCGAUGCAAGUGUCAUUAUAGGAAAGCAAGGUCGCCAUAUCAAUGAGAUUCGGGAGCUGAGCGGUGCGCGCUUAAACAUUAGCGAAAGCAUUCCAUCGAAUCCAGAGCGUAUCUUGACAGUGUCGGGUGCAUUGGAUGCCGUCAGUAAGGCUUUUGGUCUGAUUGUCCGUCGCAUUAAUGAUGAACCGUUUGACCAGCCAUCACUGCCGGGCUCUCGUGCUGCCGCUAUUCGUUUCAUUAUCCCUAACUCCCGCAUGGGCUCCAUCAUUGGCAAACAAGGAAGCAAGAUCAAAGAAAUCCAGGAGGCGAGUGGCGCAAGACUGCACGCAGGAGAGACCAUGCUUCCUGGGUCUACGGAGCGUAUUCUCAGUAUCACUGGUGUGGCUGACGCAUUGCACAUUGCAGUGUACUACGUUGGCACAAUCCUCCUUGAGCAUCCUGACAGGAAUUCCAAUAACUUGCCUUAUCGCCCCUCUUCUAUCCCUCGAACUAUGGCUACUCCUCAGUUUAGCCCGGCUGUGAGCUCCCCUGCUUCUAGCUCGUUCGGAUUUAAUGCUGCUGGCAGCCCUCAAACACUUGGAACCACUCUGGCCCCUGGUCUUCAAACACAGCAAAUAUUUAUUCCCAAUGAUUUAGUUGGGUGUAUUAUUGGUAAGGGUGGUCAAAAAAUCAAUGAAAUCCGACAACUCAGUGCAAGUCAUAUCAAGAUUAUGGAACGUAGUGCUGGUAUUGCCGCCGGAGGUACUGGCUCUGAACGCCUAGUGACAAUUACUGGCCCUCCUCCGAACAUUCAGAUGGCGGUAACUUUGUUGUAUCAGCGUCUUGAACAGGAGAAAAUACGUCUAUCCCAGAAUCCAUCUACGCUCCCUUAG